UGCGGGGCGUCUGCUUUUUUGAGAACAUGUAACUGAAGCAAUCUCGAUUCAGAGGUUCAGUUGAUCAAUUCUCUCGGCGGCUCGGCGUUCCGGGGAAGAUAAGAUACAUAGCCUCUCCGCAAAGCUAAGUACUUUCUAAUUAUCCAGUCUGCCAGGAGUAUGGAAGCGCGCUUUCUACUGCUUGGCCUUGGACUUCUGCUUCUUCUGGCGGCACAGCACACCCCUGCUGUUGCCGUUCCUGGCCCCGAAUGCCAAACGAAAUGUGGCGGGCUUGACAUUCAGUACCCGUUCGGCAUCGGCGGCAACUGCUCGCUAUCAAAACGCUUUAACGUCAGCUGCCGGGAGGUCCAACAUGGUGUCUACAAGCCAUUCAUCAAUGAUGUGGAGCUGCUCAACAUUUCCUUGAUUAAUGGCACGAUUCGAGCGAUGAACCACAUCUCGACAUACUGCUACAACUCCUCCGGUUUGAUGGACCGUCAUACUUGGCAGUUCGACGCAAGCCAUUCCCCAUACCGGUUCUCAGAUGUCCAAAACAAGUUCACGGUCAUAGGUUGCAAUACCCUCGCCUACAUCUAUGCUGAUAGCACCGGUACGGGCUACCAGAGUGGGUGUGUCUCAACGUGCCAGAAUCUGACAGACUUAGCAGAUGGAUCCUGCUCCGGCUUGGGCUGCUGCCAGACAGCGAUACCCAAGGGGAUGGGCUACUACGAGGUCGGCUUCGACAGUGGUUUCAACACAAGCCAAAUUUGGAACUUCAGCCGCUGCAGCUACGCCGUGCUGAUGGAGGCGGAGGCAUUCAACUUCAGCACCACGUACAUCAGCACGACCAAGUUCAAUGACACAAACACCGGGCGAGUACCCGUGGUGAUGGACUGGGCGAUAAGAAACGGGACGAUGUCGUUGGCGUGUGAAGAAGCCAAACUGAACAAGACGGGCACCUACGCAUGCCUCAGCAGCAACAGCAUGUGUGUGGAGUCCAGAAAUGGACCAGGGUACUUGUGCAAUUGCGCGGAAGGUUACAAAGGCAACCCGUAUCUUCCAGACGGAUGUCAAGAUGCUGAUGAGUGCAAGAACAGCCCAUGCCCUUCAGGAGGUGUUUGCCACAACACGGAAGGCGGGUACUGGUGUUCUUGUCACGCGGGGAGAAAAUAUUCCAAACAAAGCAAUACAUGCAGCCCUGAUACCAGCUUAAUAAUAGGAGUUACUGUCGGAUUUCUUGUUCUCGUGAUUUUCUUCUUCUUUGGGCAUAUACUCCUUCAAAAGAGAAAAUUGAACCAAGUUAAGCAAGAACAUUUUCGAGAACAUGGGGGCAUGAUUUUAUUUGAGAGGAUGAGAUCAGAAAAAGGUCUUGCUUUUACUGUGUUCAGCGAAGCUGAACUUACACAAGCCACAAACAGCUACGAUAAGAGCAAAAUAAUUGGAAAGGGAGGCCAUGGAAUCGUCUACAGAGGGAUAGUCAAGGACAACAUGCAUGUCGCGAUUAAGCGGUGUGCCCUUAUCAACGAAAGGCAAAAGAAGGAAUUUGGACAAGAAAUGCUAAUACUCUCCCAGAUCAACCACAAGAACAUUGUCAAACUUGUGGGCUGUUGCCUCGAGGUGGAAGUUCCGAUGUUAGUAUAUGAGUUCAUCCCAAAUGGCACACUGUACGAACUUAUCCAUGGCAAGAACCAAGCAUUACAAAUCUCUUUCAGCACCUUAUUAAGGAUUGCUCACGAAGCAGCCGAGGGACUUAAUUUCCUGCACUCGUAUGCUUCUCCCCCAAUCAUCCAUGGUGAUGUGAAGACAGCCAAUAUUCUUUUAGAUGAAAACUACAUGGCGAAAGUGUCAGAUUUUGGAGCUUCCAUACUAGCCCCAUCAGACAAAGAGCAAUAUGUCACAAUGGUCCAAGGUACUUGCGGCUACCUCGACCCUGAAUACAUGCAGACAUGUCAACUGACAGAGAAAAGUGACGUCUAUAGCUUUGGUGUUAUCCUACUAGAGGUCCUCACUGGCCAAGAACCUCUGAAGUUGGAUGGGCCUGAGAUGCAAAGAAGCUUGUCUUCGAAUUUCUUGUCGGCUAUGAAGGAGAACAAUCUUGAUGCGGUUUUGCCGAGCCGCCUAAAGCAGCAAGAGAGCUAUGAAUUGAUCAGAGGCCUCGCGGAGCUAGCCAAGCAGUGUCUAGAUAUGUGUGGUAUCAACAGACCGUCGAUGAAGGAAAUCACCGAUGAGCUCGGCAGGUUGAGGAAGCUUUCACUUCAUCCUUGGGCACAAAUUGAUGCUGAGAUGGAAACUCGAAGCCUUCUCAGUGGAUCAUCCACUGCUACCUUUGAAAUGGAAGGUGCUACUUCUGGGUAUCCUAAACAAGAAGGUGAGAGCCUGCCCUUGAACAUGAACCCAAGCAGUUCGUACUAUGCGAGGUGAUGAAAGCAUAUGGCUUAAUGUACUCUGUAGUCCAUUAGAACUUGUUACAUGCUGGUGCAUUUGCAAGUUCGUAGCUGGUCGAUCUGGUCUGGUCUGCAAUUGUGUAUGUACUGUCUAUCUGUCUAUCUUGUUACAUGCUGGUGCAUUUGCAAUUGUAUGCAAAGAAACUUGUUACAAAUAUCUGUCUAUCUGUAUCUGUUAUA